AUGGAAGCCGCCAUUAGCGAAGGGCAAGACACUCAAGCCCAGCCUGGCAAGAAGGAGAAGCGCUUCCAAUGCUCGCAUUGCCAGCGCGCCUUUGCGAGGCUCGAGCACUUGCAGCGACAUGAGCGCAUUCACAGCGGCGUCAAGCCCUUUAGCUGCUCAGAAUGCAAUUAUUCAUUCACCAGAAGCGAUCUGCUCGUGCGCCAUGAGCGCCUCACGCAUCGCAAAGGUCAGGAUAACCAGCAGAAUCGCCAGCAGUCUCCUCCCGCUGAGCCUGUUGAUACCCCUGUUGAGACGCGCCCACACAAGCGAACGCGCUCCAGCUUCGACUGUGGGCGCCCAGUCCCGGAGAUUCCCAGCAUGAUGUCCUCGCCUGCCGUCAUGGAAGUCCAGUCAACUCAACACCCGCCUUCCACACCCCAUGCAACCAUGACUUUCGGCCACCAUAGCGGAUACUCUUUGACAGCACUCUCCAUGGCUGCCGAGUAUCAGUCACUUCACGGCAGCAUGGGAAAUGGAACUGCGCAUACCAUGGCUACACCCAUGUCCACCCAACCCGAGGCCGUUGCUACUACAGUAGAAACCCACCAUCCGGUCAUAUCCACUGAACCUUCCACGCAUAUAUACGCAUCUACUUUCCCGGGAUCGCUGGACAAUCUGACCAUGUUCCUUGAUAGUGAGCCAUUGGACUCAUACCACUUUUCGUCUCUGAUCAAUGCUGAACAGCCUAUGCCGUUCUUCUCGCCAGACUCGUUUGGCUACGAGCAGCAGAUGAUAUCCGACCCUAAUAAAACAACGAUGCCGACUCCUGCCUGGCGGCAUUGCCAAGUGGAUGAGCCCCCUUCGCUUUCGCGCUUUGGGUCCCGGUUCCCUUCCUUGCAACCGGAUGAUUCUACGCAAGAACUACCACCACGGAAAAAGUCAAUCACAGAUGUUUCACAUGGAGAUCGGCAGAAAGUCUUUGAGAUGCUCACACAGUUCUCCUCUGUCGUACCCUCCGACUUUGUUUUCCCAACUCGACUAGCUUUGUGCAGGUAUUUUGCUGCAUACAUCAACAGCUUCCACCAACACAUGCCAUUCCUCCAUAUAUCCACCAUGUCUGUGGACAAUUGCUCAAUUGAGUUACUGUUGGCAAUGGCGGCAGUUGGCGCACAGUAUACCUUUGAAGCCGACAAAGGGGCACAGCUCUUCAACGUCAGCAAAGCGAUUGCGAUAGAACGGAUCAAGAAGCGCGACGCAAGGCUGGUGAAGAUGCAAAAUCUUUCAGAUUCAGCCUCUCCAUCCUCGCAAAACAUCGAAGCUGAAUCCUAUAUGCGCAGUCCUCCGCGCAAGGUUUCCAGCACGGAUCCGCUUGGCCUGCCGCCUGAAGACACUGUUGCUUAUGGAGAAGACCUUAUGCAGACGUCACAAGCCCUGCUUUUACUCAUGGCACUGUCGACGUGGGCUAAGCAUAAGGAAAUUCUACGAGAAGCGCUUGCUAUACAGAGUAUCUUGGCCACGCUCAUUCGCGAUGACGGCCUUGAGAUGGAGCCACUCCGCGGCGACAUUUCCUGGACAGAUUGGAUCCACCGCGAAACUAUAAAGAGAACCAAAUUCAUCGUAUACGGCUUCUCUAACCUACACUGUAUAGUUUACAACAUUCCGCCGUUUCUGUUGACAAGUGAGGUCAAGCUUCCACUGCCCUGCAAUGUAGCCGAAUUCAAAGCACCUACCGAGGCCUUGUGGAGAGAGGCCAGGAAGAAAAGUCCUCCAGAGGUUAUGUUCCAGGACGCUUUGAAGCGCUUAUUUACAAAACAAGGUCGGGAAGUCACCGAAUUCAGUUCGUCUUCUGGCAACUACGCCCUCAUUCACGCCCUGAUCCAGCACAUUUUCUUUCUUCGCCAAGUGGCGCGCUGCAGGUAUGACGGCCCCGGCGAUCUCAGCGCAGGAGAUGUUGCGUCGCUCGAGGAAGCACUCCGAAACUGGCAAACUGGAUGGCGCCAAAACCCCGAGUCUUCGCUCGAUCCCUUGAACCGGAAUGGUCCUGUUGCUUUCAAUUCAACGGCUCUGCUUCGAUUGGCCUACAUGCGCUUGUAUGUGGAUACAGCGGGCCGAGCGCUAGAAACUAGAGACCCGGUUUUGAUUGCCAAUGCCUUUCGCGCCGGGCCUGCUAUUCGACGCUCCGCCAAGAUUACUCGGGCUGUAUUACACUCGGCGCAUGCGCUCUCGAUACCCAUCAAGAUUGGCUAUCGGCUUGUUGCAAAGACUCAGCCUUUUAUCUGGAGCAUUCAGCAUUCUUUGUGCACACUGGAAUGCGCGUAUCUCAUGAGCAAGUGGUUAGAGGCGCUUUCGGUACGGGAUCCUGAUCCGCCUGUCACGGAGGAUGAGAACCGCAUAAUUGCCAUUGUAAAAAGCAUGCUGGACGAGACCGAGUUUGCUUUGCCGCCCGAUGUCACGCCCAGCUCGCCCAACUUCACGAAACAGCUCAGUGCCGGGGUGCUUAGAGUCUGGGCUAUGAUAUUCAAAGGAUCUCAAACUUGGGCUGUGGUGGAUAUAAUCGGCAGUUCGUUGAAUCUUUAUGCUGAUAUGCUGGAAUCAGGAUGA